UCAGUGUAAACUUACAGGUUGUAUUGUUGAUUGUGUUUCACCUGUUCGGACGCUUUUUAAAGGGCUCCAGCCGCAACGAACAGUGGGUCCGCUUAACCAUGGAGAGCUGUUUUCGUAUUUUGUUUGGACUUGUUGUUUGCCACAUGAUUUGUUGUUCUCCUAUAACUACCCCGAGUUUGAUAGAGACAACACCAAUACCAGAGACGGAAACUGUGGAAAACAGAUCAAUAUCCGAUAUGAUGUUGAAACAAACCGAAACCGUAAAGAAAAUUGUUUCUGAGCAAGCAAAACAUCAGGAGUAUCCUGUAAUCACAAAAUUUGAUGCUGAACACAAGGAAAUUAACAACAAGGAAAUGGAUAAAAUGAGCUUAGAGGAAUUAAGGAUUAAAUGUCAACAUUUCGCCAAGUUCUUUAACACAUCAAGAUUGCAGGACACCAGACCACCGUUACCACAAAAGAAUGACUUUCAAAUAGGCUACAGACCAAUAAUGUUUGAGCAAAAGAAGCGUCCAGUUUAUGUACCACCCACCCCGCCCCAUUCGCCUCGGUUCCCAGCAACCAGACCUGGAUUCUACAUAACCACACAAGCCACAACAACUGCCAAACCAGUAACAACACCUACACCGGUUACAUCAAACGUAAAGUACAUCCGUUUGGAGCCAGUAAUUUUACAGAAAACAAUUUUAAGUGACGGCAGAACCGUAUACUACUGGCACAAAAGCCUCCCGAGUGCUGUUGCAUAUCCCGCCGCACAAACGGCAAUGCAAACACAAAAACCUUCGACGGAGUCCAGCAUAGAAGAAGAGGUCGUCGAAACCACUGAACAACCACACACCACCACCGGUUCAUAUUAUAACAGAUACGACAUCCGGAAUUUCUUCGCCUUUUACAGGUCCCCAUCAACCACCACCGAGAAAAGUACAACGACCACCACGGCAACUACGUCCAAACCAAAUGUCGGGCCGCUUUUCCAAAACCAACUCAGAUUUGUCGUGCCUGUGCCCUAUGACAGUCAAAAUGGGGGACCAGUGAAAAGUACUUGGGGAUUUGACGAGUUUGCUUACUAUCCAAAAGAUCUACAACCCAGUACUGUAAAUGUCCAAGUGCCAUAUUCGCCGUCUUUUCAUGUUAUAAAAGCUCUAGCGGUGCCCAAUAAGUAUGCAGUCACACAAAAUUUUAAAGAUGAAAAUUUGGAUGAUGUUACUGUAUAAUUAUUUAAAUAUUAUUUUUUGUUGUGUAUGACGUUUUGUUUAGAUUAUUUAUUAUAUUAAUUUAUUUAUAUUAUAAAAACUGUACAUACUAAUAUUAUUCUUUAAGACUGAAUAGAUUAAUUAUAGGUUAAUAGGGCAAAGCUAAAGUAAUUAUUUAAUUAUAUUAGUAGGAAUAACAUAUUAUAUAUGUGAUUAAAACACACUAAAUAAGAUAUUAAAUUUAUUCUAAGAAAUUUAUGGGUCGGUUUGUGCAAUUGUUGGUAAUAUUUCAGUAAAUUGAGUAAAUAAUAUAUGCUCUUACUAAUCAUAUGAAAUAUUGUGCUAAGUGUGCAUUAAUGUAAAAUUUUGAUAGUUUUAUGAUUUUUAAUAUUAUUUCAUAAUAAAAGAUAACUAAAAUAUUACAUGUAAGAAAAAAAACGAG